AUGGAAGUAAUGGAGAAGAAAGGUUAUGGAAUAAUGGAAGAGAAGGAACAGUGGCAGAAAGGAAUGGAAAGUGAUCACAUCAGAACUUUCAACUGGGUCCAGCAGAUCACAUCAGAACUCAGUCAACUGGGCCCAGCAGAUCACAUCAGAACUCAGUCAACUGGGUCCAGCAGAUCACACAUCAGAACUCAGUCAACUGGGCUCCAGCAGAUCACAUCAGAACUCAAGUCACAACUGGGCGCCAGCAGAUCACAUCAGAACUCAGUCAGCUGGGCCCAGCAGAUCACAUCAGAACUCAGUCAACUGGGUCCAGCAGAUCACAUCAGAACUCAGUCAACUGGGUCCAGCAGAUCACAUCAGAACAACUAUGAGCAAAAACCAAUUUUCUUUGCAAGAAAAUUUGAGCCUAUAGUGAACCAGGAGAUAAUCAAUAGUUUAGACGUCUAUUUAUUCGGUAAUUUCCAACAAGACAUGACUGGCUUAACCAGCUACUGGCAAAACGAAUACCAUCAUCUGGACAAGAUAGCCAAGGUCAAGGAUGCCUACCCAACAUUCUACCAGUCAUUUGUGAGGCUGGGAGUUGCAGAACUGUCCCGCCAAUCUGUAUCAUGUACAUAUCGACCUAUGAAAACACUGGAGGCCAAUGUGUUCUAUGAGGCUGACCACUUUCAUGGAAUCCUGGUCCUUCACGAAGUCGAGGAGGUUGCUACAGGCAACAUCAUCACCAUGGAAACACACAUGCAUCCAAAACAUCACUAUUCCAUCCUCCAACCAAAGACAAUCAUAGGAAGACUCCAGACUCUGGAGGUGGGAACAGAUUUUGAUCCCAAAGAACUUUUAUUCCGAAAUUACGGAAAACUUAUCGGCCCCUAUGAUGAUGUGGUAUUGCGUCAUGUUUGGGGAGCUGGGAUUGAGUUUGUGAUCUCAGUGGCAUGGAUUGACCCAGUCAAUGUCAUAGCUGCAUCGUAUGAUGUGAAGGUCCUCAGUAGUGGACACACUGGGUCCCACAAACCGCAGCUGAACCGGCCUCUGCGUCCCGGAAUCUGGCAGGUGAAGCUGAUGUACAACCUGCAGCUCCUGGCGGAGACCUCCUUCCUCGUCAUCCCCCUCACUGUGUAUGACGGACACCCCAUCUCUGCCGCCGAGAUCUACAGAGCUCACAGUGGACCACAAGGCUUCUACGCAUCCAAAGACUUCUCUGAAUUCCGGGAUGUGCUGAACGUUCCUAAGCAUGCUGACCUACAGACUCAGGCAGCAGUGAACGCCAAGAAGGUGGGGAAGGACCUGGAAAACUGGGUGGACAGUUUAGUGCCUUUGUUUUGGCAGGUUCAGAGGUCAUGUACCAUAGAGGAUCUGUCUAACACCUGCCUUGUGUUAGAACAGUGCAAAAAAACAUCAUGGAGUUCAAGAUCACCUGAUCCAAAGUCAGAUCUUUCAAGUGUUGGAGCUAAGUUUGCUCCAGUCAGAUAACAGUAGGGGUGCUUAGGAAGUUAGUCAACUUGUUUCAUUCAACACUAAGUCAUGGUGAUAAAAGGGUACGAUCUGUCUAGAUUCCUCCAUAGAGGGGUGGUGAGAUAGCAUGCCUCACUCACUCACUCACUCACUCACUCACUCACUCCAACCUCACCCACUCACUCCAACACUCACUCACUCACUCCAACACUCACUCACUCACUCACUCACUCACUCCUCUAGUGGAAUCAUGUUGAUCAUCAGGAAGAUAUGGUUCCUUAUUCCUGUGUUUUAGUAAAUGAGCAUCAAAUGUAUUGAAUUGUGGUUUAUGCUGACAAAAUGUUUUUACUUUUGCUAUCAAAUGAUGUUUGACAUUCUGAAAAGUCACUGAUGAGUGAUUGUGCCAAACAAAUUCAGACACGUCUUUUUAUGAUCUUUUAUUAUUUAUAAGACUUUUUAAAAACUUUGGUAUCAAAAUGUUUGUGUCUAAAUAUACAGAAUCUGUGUGGCUCAAGGAGGUCCUUUACUGACCGGAUUAAAAUUAGCUGUGAAUAUGACAGAGUUAACUUCAAGUUGAAACAGAGAACCCCCACCAAGGGAGGUGCUUGGGCAAUCCGACCUGGAUGCUCCUUGUCCAGUAAACAGCGGGCUCACAACAGAAGUGUAGGCAUGGUCUGGUCAGGGGAUCCCCUACUAAGGAAGGUGAUUGGUCUGUACUACACUGUAUUGAUGAUAUGAUGAGUCGACCUGGAUGUCUGGUAAACAGCGGGCUCACAACAAAAGUGUAGUUUUGCUGACUAAGACUAACCUCUUGCUGUGAUAAUGAACCUCUUGUCACCAUGGUUACAGCUGACCAUGAUUACUGGCAGAUAUGGUUACUUCCAUCACUUAUGGGCUGAAAGAUGUCUCCAUGGUUACAAUUGACUUGUUGACUAAAAGAUAUCACCAUGGUUACUGCUCACAUAUUGAUCAACAGAUAUCAAAAUCGUUUCUACCAACAUGUUAAUAGACAUACGUCACCAUGGUUACUGCUAACAUUUUAAUAGACAUAAGUCACCAUAGUUACUGGCUGACAGAUAUCACAAGUUUUACUGCUGACACAUAUUGAUGGAUAUCACCAUGGUUACAACUGAUACAUAUCUCAUAUUGUUUCUGCAAUGUGCAGCUUG